CCAUCACAAAGAUGGACUUCAUACGAUGGAUAUGGUGUAGUUGCUGUAAGUCAUGGUAAUGCGCGCAGCAGAAGGAGACAAGCGCUUCGGAAGGGGGACAAAUCUAACCAAUAAAGGAUUCUAAAGGGGAAUCUAUCGCUAAGGAUUCUGUCACUCACUCUGCGAGAUGCGUCUCUCACGGAAACGCUGGACUAUUUGCACAAUAAGCAUCCUGGUGAUCUUCUACAAGACGAAAGAAAUAACUAGAAGUGAAGAACAUCAGGAAGCUCAAGUCACUGGCGACAGUGAACUCGGCACUUCAAGACUUAUGGUCAAUAGUUCGGAGAAAAGCAGCAGGAGUGGCGUGCCUUCCUUUUUCCAGCACUCAGUCGAAGGAUGGCGGGUCAAUUCGUCACUAGUUCUCAUGAUAAGGAAGGAUGUCCUGCGUUUCCUGGAUGCUGAGAGGGACGUUUCGGUUGUGAAGAGCAGUUUCAAACCAGGCGACACUAUCCACUACGUCCUCGACAGACGCCGGACGCUCAACGUCUCCCACACGCUUCACAGCCUGCUACCGGACGUCUCUCCACUCAAAAACAAGCGCUUCAGAACGUGCGCGGUGGUGGGCAAUUCCGGUGUGCUUCUCAACAGCGGAUGUGGCAAGGAAAUCGACAGCCAUGACUUUGUCAUACGCUGUAACCUGCCGCCGCUGUCCGAGUUCGCCGAGGACGUGGGGCUGCGGUCCGACUUCACCACCAUGAACCCCUCUGUCAUCCAGAGGGCGUAUGGUGGCCUGAAGAACGCCACGGACACGGAGAGGUUCGUCGAGCGCCUGCGGGGGCUCAACGACAGCGUUCUGUGGAUCCCGGCCUUCAUGGUGAAGGGAGGAGAGAGGCACGUAGAGAGCGUCAACGAGCUAAUCGUCAAGAGGAAACUGAGGGUGAGGACGGCCUACCCGUCACUGAGACUCAUCCACGUGGUGAGAGGGUACUGGCUGACAAACAAGAUCAAUAUCAAACGGCCCAGCACCGGAUUGUUGAUGUACACUUUGGCCACGCGCUUCUGCGACGAGAUUCACUUGUAUGGAUUCUGGCCCUUUCCGCGGGACGCAAAUGGAAAAAUUGUGAAGUACCAUUACUACGACAUGCUCAAGUAUCGAUACUUCUCCAACGCAGGCCCUCACAGGAUGCCACUUGAGUUCAAAACGCUGAAAAUGCUGCACAGCAAAGGAGCUCUGAAGUUGACGACUUCGAAGUGUGAAUCUUAAAGUGCUCUUUGUUUGCGUUGCUAGAAAGCACACAAGGCUGUAAGACUGCUGAGUUGAUUAUGAAUAAUUGCAAAAGUAGUAAGUAAAAGUGAGCGUGCCUUUUUUUAAACUAACAAUGUAAAGGUACAAAACAAAGAAUGUAAUUGAAAAAUGAUUAGUCUAUCUAAAUGUCAGGUUUGGCAUUGUAAGCAUCAUGGCUGAGAAAUCAGGAAAUCAAUCCUUUGGAUGGAGAGACGACCAGAUUGAUUACAGUACCAUGGAUUUCUACAUUGGUCAUUACAGUAGUUGUCUAGUAGACAGGCACAAAGACCAUCUGCUAAAAGCAGUGGUGGAUGCGGUGUAUUAGAGAUUACCUACUGGGUGUCGACCAAUGGUGGCGAUUCAACAUGCGGAAUCGUCAGGAAAUGAACAGAAAAUGACAGUCCAAGGGGAUAUUCUGGUCAGAGGCAAUAGGACGGCCCCCAGCAAACAUUAACCCCAUUGGCCCCAUGUGGGUAUUCGGUGGGCAAGUCCACAUCUGCCCGAAAUGGCCUAGCCCACAACAAGUCCAACACAGGCUAGUCCACAUCAAUUCCACAUCCGCCCGAAACAAGCCCACAUCAGCCCAACACAGGCCAGCCCAAUGCAGGGCUUUCCCACACCAGCCCAACACAGCCCAUACCAGUCCACCUGAUCUUGGACACUGCCAAUGAUGAAGUUUUAAAAUAAAAACUUGAAUGGGUGUCAUGAGAAACUUGUGUUUCUGAUGUAAUGUAACAAGUUCUCUAAAUACCUUUUUAAGGCUUGAAAAGGAUCAAAUGUAUGCAUUGAGUUGAAUUGUAAUAAAUAAAUAAUAGAUAAAUAAAUUAACAUUUAAAUAAUAGAAUAAACUGAUAAAUUGGCAUAGGACCAAUACCAUGAGCUCAUAAUGGGCAGCUGAUCCAAAGGGAAGGCUUAUUUCAGGCAAAGUGAGGGUUGCCUUCACCAGAUAUGGGCUGCCCGUACUGGGCCACACUGGGCCAAUGCCUUGGGAGCCAGCAAAGGUGUAUCGGGCCAAUGUGGGCAGCCAACAUGGGGCCAAUAUUUUUGCCCACAUCAUGCCAAUGUGGGCAUGUUCGCUGGGCCACCGCUGGUUUCAACCGUUUUCGUCGUUAUGGCGUGUUUUGUCAGUAGGAAAAAGCAGAGAAUACAGGUUAUGCUCAGUAAAUUAGAUUUUGGGAUAUUUAAAAAAAAAAAAGAAUGUGCCCAGAGAAGUUGAUUCCAAAGAUCCCAUGCCAAUUUAUUUGCCCUCACUACAAAACAAGGUUAUGUUCUUCACAGCUGAACUUUCUAGGAAUUAGAAGCCUCAGGGCAAAAUUAUUUUUAUAUUUGUCUAGAUGUCAGAUUAAUUUAUACAUUUUAAAUAUGUAUGCUGUUUCUAAGUGAUUCAUCUCAUGUUAUCUGAACACACCUUUUGUAAACUUGCAUGUUAAAGGGGAAUGGAAACGUACCUCAAGUUAGGCCUUUUUAGAUAAUUGUUAUUCAUUUGUAUGCAUUAUUGGACGUUAUACAACGGGUGGGUCUAAUCCUGAAUGCUGAUUGAUUGAAACCGCAUUCCAGUUGGCGUAUUUUCCACAAGUUAUCACCGGCUAAAUCUAUGACGUUAAAAUGCCUAUUUACUCUGUUCCAUCUGACUGCGCAAUCCACUGUCUCAUCAGCCCAGCCAGGCAAUUUAUAAACUUGAUCUCCACUAUAAAAAGCAUCUAGACAUUGUCUCACAUUUCUUUUAGACUAACAUUUAGUUAUCAACAAAGGCGAUUUGUAUAAACCUCGCUGUCUGUCUCUCCGACAUUUGCAACAUUGUUUCGGGAUUCAAAUUCGAUCUCCAGCUGUCCGAAAGUAAUGAACGUGUUGGGAGUCGGUACAAGACAGACAGGCAGCGUUUCUCAGCCAGUCGAUAUGAAUCAGCUGGCAUAAUUUUCAUUGACAUAUACAUAGAAAUGUAAAUUGAAAAAAGGUAAAACGAAAGGAAGUGCAGCUAGUUUGCAGUCUUUCCAGCUUCAGUUUGAAGUGAUUGUGUUAGCUGUGUUGUUGGCUAGCUCCUCUGAACAACAGUGUCCUGAUGAGAGAGCACAUUUUCUAUGCCAUGUGAAAUCGCGCCUCAUUUGCUCAUUGUUAUGGGUGUAUCCAAAUAAAUGUCACUAGAAAACACAGUAAACAAAUGCAAAUGAAGCUACUUUGUUGUUAUUCUGGCAGCACUUUUUGACUUGACUGUAAGUUAGCCGUAGUUGGCUAGCUAGCAAGCAAGGGAUAAGAACAUUACCAGCCAGUAUGGCAAUGGAGCAUUUAGAACGAUUGUCCAUAGAUAGAGAACAAAAAGACUGAACGACUGGGUCGCGUCUCUAGCAACCGAUAGAACGAACAACCAGCCGGCUUGGGUAGCAACCCCUAGAUUUGUGUCAGGACUAUAUCUUGUGAAAGGAUGAAAUAGUAUGAAUAAAUUAAUCAAAAUAAUGUUUUUAAUGAAAAUAUGUUAAAUCAUUAUUUGAAUAUGUUGGUAACCCAUUGUAUAAAAGUGAUAAUGCCCUCGAAACCUGUGUUUGGAGGAUAUAUUGAAGAAGUCUCGGGCGUAACAGCACCCGUGCCAAUAUAUCCUCCAAACACUGGCUUCUCGGGCAUUAUCACUUAAGCAAAGUAUUGCACCUUGCGGUGUGGUGCGUUGUGAGGUUACAAAGCGGUUGCAGAGCCUCUACAGAGGACCCCCGGGGGAGUAUAAAUACCCACUAACUGAUUCAUCUGAUCCAGUUAAUUAAACGUUACCAUUCCCCUUUAAACAGAGCUGAAUGUAAACACAGCCUAAUACCAUUGGAAUCAAUUGGCCUAUGUAGCCACUGCAAGUCUUAAAAUGUAUAAGAAAAAAGCUGACAGGAAAGAUGUGGAGGUAUGAAAUUUUAUGUACGCCUAUGAAUUAUUCAUUAGCAAUCAGAUCUUUCUGUGAUUGUUCUUAGUAACAGGAUUGUUCUUAGUAACAGGAUUCAACAUCCGUCUGUUUCACUGGUGAAUCUCUUUCAUAUCUCACACAGAAGUACCUCUUAGAUAUUUGAUAUAUUUCAACUGCUGCAUGCUCAUGCUAUCCCGUAGUAACUUCAACUUCCUGUAUUUACAUAAUGUCAAGACAACUGUCCUUUCCCAGUUUCUUUAAUAGGCUUGAAUGUAAUGCAUUUAUCUCACAAUAUGGAUGUCAUGCAACUGCUAAUGAAUGUUCAAAAAGAUCUGCCUUGAAGAGCCAUUGUAUGCUCAAGGAAUUCUUAAUUACAUUUUCUUUACGUACCAAUUUUUUUUUUUUUUUUUAAACUCUCAGUAUUAAGAAAGUCCAGUUGCUUACAGCUAAAAGAUUGUAUGUAUCUAGGGGCCUAUAUAUGAAAGUCUGGGACCGUUUUCAUAAAUCUUCCCAGAGAAGUAGUGCUAGUCUGGGACCAUGUCCUCUCUGUCCAUGUAAUGUUAUUCUGAUCUAAAAGGAAAAACUGAUCCUAGAUUAGCACUCCUACUCUGAGCUGAUUUAUGAAUACAGGCCCUGGACACCAGUGGAGACUGGAGCCCAUCCUCCUAACUUCUCCUUCCACCAGCCUCCACUGUAAGACACCAACUUCUGGUAUAUAGCAUAAAUUAUGUAAAAUGUCCAAAAACUUUGCUUUGUAAUGAAUAAUACUGAUGUAAUUGGGUAUAUGGCAGGUCAUUUGUAAAUGAACCAUUGUCAAUGACAAUGACCUAGAUAGAAUGUGAAAAUGUACAUACAUGGUAACAUUGAAUAAGGAAAACAAUGAAUGUUAAUUAAUUUAUGGUAGGCUAACCAUUAUAACGAGACAUAAGGUUGAAUAACUUUCUUCAAUACUGCCACAAGCCUUUGAAAUGACUGAAAUUGUUACGCCUCGUUUGCUUUGUUACACCAUGUGUCUGUUUUUGACUGUUCCUAAAUCUGUAAUUUAUACAAUUCUUGUUUGAUGUUUAAUAUGUAACACCUGUAGUUUGAGUCAAUCCGAUCAGGUGCUGAAUGUCGUGGUAGAUUUUCAUCCUUUUUGGUCAAAUUUGAUACCAUUUGUUUUACAGCUUCUUUUUUAUGUCAGUUUUCUAUGUUUGUGAAAAUGCGUUUUAGAAAAGUUAAUAAACUUGUAAAUUUAA